AUGAGUGGAGAUGACAAGGGCUUGAAGAGAUUCAAUGGUGAAGAAGAAGAUGCUGGUAAACAGCUGAAGAAAUGGCGCGCAUGGGCACGCGCCAAGAUGGCGACAAUGAAGGAUCUCAAUGCGAAGCAGCAAGGCCCAUGGCUGUACACACUCUUGGAUGGGAAAGCUUUGGAAGCCGUCGAACACCUUUCGCUGGAAGACCUGACAAAGGAAGGCGGAGGCGAGACGGUGUGGAAGUUGCUUCAGGAGCGGUUCCCAGAGAAAGAAUCGUCCGAUCAAAUGGGCGAAGCUCUGGGAGAGGUUUUUGGACUGUGUGCGAAAGAGAACGAGUCCAUGCAACAGUGGGCAACACGGGUCCAAGAAGUCUUUCUCAAGUGCAAGCGGAAAGCUGAAGUGGAGUUUCCGGCAGUGGCUCAGGGCUGGAUCGCUUUGAAUUGCUCGGGGUUGUCCGAGGAACAGAAGGCGAUUGUCAAAGCCAAGACCCAAGGGAAGCUGGAACUUACAGAAGUCGCGGCUGCAAUGAGGUCUUGCUUCCCGACUUACAGGGCUUCCGCGAAAGCAAAGAAGCCAGUGAGCACAGUUCUCUUGACUGAGCAGGAGGACGACGUGGCCGAGGACGAUGCUGAGAACGAAGCCUUUGCUGAUGUGGAGGCAUUCUUGGCGGACCACAAUGCCACCCUUGUCAAUGACCUUGAGCCCAUUGACGAGGAGGAGGCUGCCGAGGCCCUAGCUGUCAGCUGGAAGGAGCGCAGACAAGAGAUAACAAAGAUGAAGCAAAGCCGCCAAUUUGGCGCCGCGGCCUCAGCACGCAAAAGCUUCCGGGUCGAGAUCGAAGAGCUGAAGCGCAGAACAAAAUGCAGGCGCUGCGGCAGAGUUGGCCAUUGGGCCAGAGAGUGCCGGACUCCCUUCAACCCCAAGAACCGAGACAACAGUCAUGGAGCCCAUGGUUCUUCUUCCUCGUCUACGGCGACGGCGGACGUGAACUAUGCCCAGGUGAUUGACGGUUCCGAGGACGAGUUUUCCUUCGUGGGCGCCACCGAGGCCUUGGAGGUGAAGGACAGUGUGGAAACUUUGAGUGCCGGACUAGUCUCCUCUCCGGGCUUUGGAGUCGUGGAUUCGGGGUGCGGCCGCACCCUGAUCGGACAAGAAACGUUGAGCCAGCUCACCGAGAUGCUGGCGGCAAAGACGAGGCAUGCCCCCAAGGAGUAUGCUGCGCAGAGUUCCUUCCGAUUCGGAAAUGGGGCUACGGAGAACAGUGAUCGAGCUGUUCGUAUCCCUGUUGGCAUCGGGGGCAAGAUGGGCAUCAUCGAUGCGGCGAUUAUCUAUGGACAGGCACCGCUGCUGUUGGGCAGGCCCACUCUGGAGAAGCUGAAAGUGGUGCUUGACUUUGCAGGCAAGAGCAUGCGGUUCCUCGACCAAGAUCAGGAUAUCGCUACCCACUGCAAUCGAGCAGGGCAACUGCUGAUUGACAUUCUCAACUUUCCUCAGGACCAGGCGCCUCGGGAAAGUGCAGCUAGCUCGGAGGUCUUGAGUUCGGAUUGCCAUGCGUCAGACAGUUCAGGUCCAGAGGUUCCUGUGGACAGUCCUCCAGAGGCUGUGUGCCAGCCAGCGUGUUCACACCAGCAGUGCACACACCCGGAGUCAUUGAUCGCAGUUGCUGAGCUUUUCUGCCCUCCACGCUUUGCUGAGAAGGCACGAGAGCAGGGAGCAACAGGACUGCAGUGGAGCGAGCCCGUCUGA